UGACAUUUUUUCUCGGGAUCACUUAUGUCAAAUAAUUGCCGAUUCGGAAUUCGCUUGCUCAUGUUUGGUUUCGUUUUACUUGAAGGUAUAUAAUCGAAUUUGUUUGAUCCUGGUUCCAGCACGCUAAUACUCGCCAAAAAUCUAAUACCUUAAGAUUCCGUCAUGGAUCAGAACAUGGACAUAAACGCUUUCGAGGGUCGCAUCGUCAAGAUGGAGGUGGACUACAGUGUCACUUGUGACGAAAAGAUUCCUCUGUGCAAAGAGAUGGCCAAAAAUGAGAAUAAGUUCAAUGAGGCUCUGGAAAUUCUGCUACAGUUGGAAAAACAAACCCGUAUCGGAGCUGAUAUGGUGUCUAGUUCGCGAGUUCUAAUUGCCAUCGUUCAAAUAUGCUUCGAGGCAAACAAUUGGAACUAUCUCAACGAGUACAUAACAAUCCUAGUGAAAAGGCGCUCACAAUCGAAACAAGCAGUGGCGAAAAUGAUUCAGGAAUGCUGCACCUACGUUGAUAAGACUCCAGACAAGGAAACAAAAUUGAAACUUAUUGAUACGUUACGUACCGUCACGGAAGGUAAGAUUUACGUGGAAGUGGAGCGUGCCCGUCUGACCAAAAUGUUAGCCGACAUCAAAGAAACGGAUGGUGAUGUCACCGGGGCUGCUUCGAUCAUGGAAGAGCUGCAGGUCGAAACCUAUGGUUCAAUGGAUAAGCGUGAGAAGGUUGAGCUUAUAUUGGAACAGAUGAGACUGUGCCUGGCAAAGCAAGACUUGGUUCGUACACAGAUCAUCGCUAAGAAAAUCAGCAUCAAAUUUUUCAAUGAUGCUGCACAACAGGAUUUAAAGUUGAAGUAUUACGACUUAAUGAUUCGCUUGGAUAAAGAAUCGAAUUUUAUCAAAACUUCACGACACUAUCUGGCUAUUGUCGAUUCAGAAAUGAUUGCAAAGGACACUGAACACAGACAGAGGAUGAUGAUCUAUGCAGUUCUCUAUUGCAUUCUGGCCCCGUACGACAACGAACAAGUGGAUAUGAUGCAUAAUUUAUCGAAAAAUAAGUUACUUGAGGAACUACCCGUUUACAAGGAACUGUUGAGACUAUUCAUGUGCAAAGAACUGAUUAAUUUUGAUGCCCUUUGUACCGUAUACGGUGCAGAACUGAACACGUUCGACAUCUUCAACCAGGAAACAACUCAUGGUAAAAAGUGCUGGGCCGAACUGAAGAAUCGACUGAUCGAGCACAACGUGCGGAUUAUUUCCAACUACUACACUCGUAUCAAUUUGAAACGCAUGGCCGAGCUUUUGGAUCUCAGUGAGCAUGAGUGCGAAGAAUAUCUCUCUCGAAUGGUGAACUCGAGUACGUUAAAAGUGAAAACCGACCGGCCGGCUGGAAUUAUUCACUUCUCGAGCAAGAAGGUAGCAUCGGAAAUUCUGAAUGAUUGGGCUUUCGGACUGAACGAGCUCAUGAAUCUGGUAAACAAAACGUGUCAUCUAAUCAACAAAGAGGAGUGCAUCAACAACGUAAUGCCGGCACCAAGUGUUACGAAUGUGGCCUCGUCAUAGAUCGACUUAUUAGACGUUGUAUCGAGAACUCCGAUUGUAUUAGAACAGUUUUCUUUUUCAAUAAAUCAAAAACGAAAUUGAUA